CAACACAUAAAUCUUUCAUAUACCAUCGGAAUUUUAAAAAAAAAAAAAAUAAAUAUAUAUACAUAUCGGUAAGUGAUUACAUUUUUUUUUAUUCAUUUAAUUUAAAGGUAGCUCCAUUGGAAGCUGCCUGGAAAACCUCGAUUGAAUUAAAGAGAUAGUUCCAUUGGGAAUUGUCUGAGAGGGAAAAAAAGAAGAGAACCACUCGAUUAUUAUUAUAUAUACAACGUUAUCAAUUAAAUUCCACAUUAUAUUAUCAUAAUUUUAUUAUUGUUAUUAAAAUAACGGCUUAUAAUCUUCGAAGUGCUGGUAACGAUCCAGAAUUUACUGGUGAGUUAUUAACAAAAACAUCUGAACGUACAGUAAAAAGAUUAACUCUGGACUCAUUAAAUAAUACUACCGAACAAAUUCAAACAAUGUCUCACACUGCACAAGAUUCAGCGAUGAUGAUAUGUUAUCGUGAAUGUUUAUCAAAUCUGGACAAAUUCAAUGGUGGUGAAGAUCAAAAAGUUUCGCAAUUUAUUAAUAAUAUUGAAAGGAUUGGAAGAAUGAUUAAUGCAAAUGAUGAUAUUUUACAUUGUAUGUGUACAGCCAAAUUAGAUGGGGAAGUGAAACGCUGGUAUGAAGACAAUAUGACAUUAACCAAAUGGGAAAAUUUAAAACCAGCAUUAUUAGAAAGAUUUACAACAUCGGAUUCAACAUCGAAAAUAUUUGAACAAUUGAAAGAACGAAAACAAAAAUCAGAUGAAACAAUUACAUCGUAUUAUGAUGCUGUCAUCAAAUUAUAUCGUGAAUAUGAUUCAUCCAUGUCACAAAAAAUGAUGAUAUCGUGGUUACAAAAUGGAAUUAAAGAUUCAUUGAAGACUCAAAUUAAACGACAAAUGAAAUUGUUACCUGAAUCAGCACGAACAAUUCAAGCAUUCUUGAAAAUUGCUAAAGAUGAACAAGAAUUACAAGAAGAAGAUUCUUCUGAACUCCAAGCAACACAAUCUUAUUUACCAUACAUUACGAAUACCGUAUCAACAACAGCACAACAAACACGAAGCAACUCCGAAAGGAUACCAACAUCAACAUACUCACCAUCACGACACACAACAUAUAAACAAUAUGCUCCAUCAUCCAACCCUUUAGAUUCAUUAAAGUCACAACAAAAAAAUUACAGUUCAACUUCCCGACCAUCACCUAUUUUACAUAAACGGGAAUCACAUUAUUCAUCAAUUAAUAAUUCAUCACGACGUCAAGACGUAAAUGUUAAACCUUAUUCACCUACACAAUAUGAUUCUCAACGACGACCGUGUGAUGUAUGCCAACGCAUUAAUCAUCGAACAAUUGAUUGUUAUUACAAGAAACCAUAUGGAUCUGGAACCCGUGAUGGUGGUCACUCCAGUAGUAAAGAAAAUCCAUCAACAACAAAUUAUACAUCACCAACAUCAUCAACUCCUAUUCAUAUAAAAGUUCAAGUAAAUAAUAAACAACAUCAAGCUAUUGUCGAUACUGGAUCUGCAGUCACCAUUAUUAAUCAACAAUUAUUAAAAACAAUUUAUCAUAAGGAAUUUACUUACAAGAAGAAAUUACACAAAUCAGCCAAUUGUUCAUCGAUUAAUAUUAUUGGUGAAAUUCAACUUGAAAUUAAAAUACAAGGAUAUAAAACAUUAAUUUUAGCAGAUGUUGCAACUAAUCUUAUUACUGAUUUAUUACUUGGAAAUGAUUGGAUUACAGCAAACAAUGUUAUUAUCGAUUCACCACAACAGUGCAUUUAUCUCACUGACAACAAACGAAACAUUCUAGCAACAGCAACAUUCGUUAAACCUGCACACCUUCAAUUACCAGUACUAUUAACCGAUGAAAUUACUCUUCCACCGCACUCCGAAAAAUGCGUUAACAUCAAAGUAUUAUCACCAACAAUGAACAUAACCGAAGCUUUAUUUGAACCAGCAGCAUAUUUAUAUUCGAAACAAAUGUUACUUACGAAUGCAUUAAUUAAGUUAGAAGACAACAGAAGUCAAGUUAUGAUUUUGAAUGCAAAUGAUCGUCAAAAGACUUUAUCGAAAAAUACAUCAUUAGGAUAUAUUACAUAUCAAUCCAAAGCCAAUAACUAUCUUAUUUUACCAGUAUUAACAAAAAAAUAA